CACAUAAACACAAUGGCGGCGCUCAACGAACAAGACGAGCUCGCCGUGAGCACCGACGAGUUGCUCCGAGCUCAGGUCGAGCUCUACCACCACUGCUUCGCUUUCGUCAAGUCACUGGCGCUCAAUGCCGCCACAGACCUUCGCAUCCCCGACGCCAUCCACCGCCGCGGCGGCGCCGCCACCUUGUCCGACGUCGCCGCCGAGACCGGGAUCCUCCCGACGAAGCUCUCCAGCCUCCGCCGGCUCAUGCGCGUGCUCACUACCUCCGGCGUCUUCUCCGUCGUCGAUGACGCCGGCGGCCCCGUGUACAAGCUUACCAAUGUCUCCCGCCUCCUCGUCGGAACUGGCGGCCGGGCCAAUCUAUCCCCUGUGGUGGGCGCGUUCGUAAGCUCGUCCCUCGUAGCCGCGCUCUUCAGCAUGCGCGAGUGGUUCACCGACGAGCGGGCGGCGGCCAUGUCGCCCUUCCAGGUGGCGAACGGCCGCACGAUUUGGGAAACUAUAGCGGCAGGCCGAAGCGGCGAAAUCUUCAACGCCGGCAUGGCCGCCGACAGCCGGUUCACUAUGGACAACAUCCUAAGGGAGGAGUACGGUGGCGCCGUUUUCGGAGCCCUCAGGGGCUUGCUGAUCGACGUCGGUGGCGGCCACGGCGCCGCGGCCUCGGCCAUCGCGAGCGCCUUCCCACACGUCAAGUGCAACGUGCUGGACCUCCCUCACGUCGUGGCAGGGGCUCCGGCCCAUGACAAUGUGACCUUCGUCGCCGGCAAUAUGUUUGAGUACAUACCACCAGCGGACGUUGUUCUACUCAAGUGGAUUUUGCAUGACUGGAAUGACCAAGAUUGCGUCAAGAUACUGCGGCAGUGCAAGAAAGCCAUCCCGGGGAGGGAAGAAGGAGGAAAGGUGAUAGUCAUCGAUAUGGUGGUCGGGUCCGAGGGGUCACAUGGAAUCGUCUCCACGGAGACCGAGGUUUUGCUCGACGGCUUCAUGAUGUGCAUGGACGGGCUUGAGCGAGAGGAGCAUGAAUGGAGAAAGAUUUUCGUCGAAUCUGGGUUCACCGACUACAAGAUUAGUACAACGAUGGGAAUUCGACGAAUUAUUGAACUCUAUCCAUGAUUUGAAUUUGUACUCAUUCACCAUGAGUUCUGGUAGCGGUUGUAUUUCCGUUUGAGUAUU